UCUCUUUUUUUCCCUGGAGGAGCGUACUGCUGCUUCUCCCGUACACAAUUCGGUACGUUUCCCUUUUCAGCGGCAACAAUCCGCGGCCGCAGCGCGCGGCGCCGGCCGAAAACCCCAACAGUGCCCACGAGCACUACGGGAGCCCCACGACUGGCAGAAGUUCUCCCCAUCGCCGCCAUGGCGCAGGAUCACCGGACUAUCAAGGUGGCGAGGGAUGAGGAUUUGCGGUCGCAGAUUGGGAGCGGGGGCUUCUAUUUCGAUCUCGUCGACUUCGACAGAGUGCGGGCUUUCCAGGUCCCGGUUGGCACCACCGUAAUCCUUUUCAUGGAGGAACUCGUAAAAGAACUUGGUACCCCUGUUAAGUUUCAACGCCUCUGGUUGUGCCAGCGACGGCAAAACGGGACACGCCGCCCUAGCAGGCCUUUGAAUUCCAAAGAAAAGAAACUAUCUAUCGGAAGGGUUUUUUCGGCUGAUGUGAAGCUGUUUUUGGAGGUGCUCAAUCCUUGCUCUCCACGAAAUCUAAACAGGGAAUAUCUAUUGGUGUUUUUAAAGUUCUAUGACCCAGAACAAACACAGCUACGGUAUAUCGGAACGCUGUUUGUGAGUUGUUCAUCAAGGCCUUUAGAUAUUCUCCCAAAACUAAGAAGCGUAGCUGGUUUUUGUGCAGACGAGGAAAUAGAAUUGUAUGAGGAAAUCAAAUUCGAACCAAAUGUGAUGUGUGAAGCCUUAGACAUUCAUCAUACCUUUACAGUCAACCAGAUUGAAAAUGGGGACAUCAUCUGCUUCCAGAAAAGACCCAAGUCAUGCAACCAGCAUUUAUACCCUUCUGUUAAAUUGUUCCUCGAACAUGUUCAUAAACUGACGAAAGAAGGAAGGAACAUAUGUGCGCUAGAAGAGGAGAUUGUUGAAUUCAGACGUCUUUCUGAUCUUAAUAUAGCGGGAAAAUUUGAAUGUACUCAGUUGAGACAUGAACGAGACAAUGCAAUGCGACAGGUGGACGAGUUUCGGGGUCAGAAUGAUUUAGUUCACCUUCAAAUAGAAGAGGCAAAAAAAGAGUGUAACCAGUUGAGACAUGAAAGAGACAAUGCAAUGCGACAGGUGGACGAGUUUCAGGGUCAGAAUGAUUUAGUUCGCCUUCAAAUAGAAGAGGCAAAAAAAGAGUGUGACCAGUUGAGACAUGAACGAGACAAUGCAGUGCGACAGAUAGAUGCAUUACUGACUCAGAAUACUGUGGGUCGCAUUCAAAUAGAAGAGGCAAAAAUGGAAUGUGGUCAGUUAAAGCAUGAACGAGAUAGUGCAGCUCGACAGGUGGAUGAAUUACGGGAUAGGAACUCUCAAUUUAUUCUCGAGUUCCGCCUUACAUGUUUGGAACAAGCAACAGAGCAUUUCAAGGAUCUGUGCAAGAUGGAGGACACUGAAUAUGGAUGUGUGUAUAAAGGCAUUAUAAACAACACUAUGGUAGCAAUCAAGCUAUCCAAAUCCGAGAGUUUGUUUCAACAAGAGGUAGCCUUCGCCUGUUGUGAUAGUGGUACUUAG